AUGGCACAUGCACCCCAAGUCUUUCGGUAUCGACCUGCCUUGGUCUUCAUCGCCACUGCAGCAGCAGCAAUAGGCGCCUACAAGAUCUAUACAACGAUCACCGAAGUUCCUGCGAAGCCUGAUUUGCAUAGGAGCAAUGCAAUACACCGCAACCGUGCAAGGCGCCCGCCUGUGGUCGAGCUUACGACCCCAAGCCCAGACAGGCCACUUGGAAUCUUGUCUGUCCGCCAGGGUAGCUUUGUCUUCGAGCAUGAUCUUCAUUCCGGAGCAUUACCGGCCCGUGAAGUGAUCUCACAAGCUGUGGGCAGCGUUAGCGAAGACUUUUAUGCUAGGUCUAUGCAGCAGGCUGUGUAUGCUAUUGUGCUCAAUUGUUCGCCCUUGAAUGUCUUUGGGCUACAAAGUCAGGUGACGAGACCUGAAUUUUCGCCAUUGAUUCGGCCGCUGCAAGUACGGAAUGUGGCUGCGAUGAGGCGUGUCCGCAAUGUACUCGAGGAGCACCUGCCCAACGUCAAUAUCGACAUCAUUGAUUUAGCCUUGCAUGAUUUCAUGCUGGUCGCUGAUCUAGAGUCAUCUACGCACCAGCAGGUCGCGGGCCCUGAGGACGUCGAUAGCACUGCCGGCGACGGCGGUCAAGGUAUAACAGGCCUGCUUUAUUACAUUGCCGAGGAGAACGCAGGGAGCAAGGCCUAUGAACAUCGUGGCAUCAGCUGUGAGAGCUGCGGUGAUAGUCCAAUCUGCGGCAUUCGCUGGCACUGCUUGAAUUGUCCGGACUACGAUCUCUGUUCUACCUGCGAGACUAUGAAGGUUCAUCCGAAGACGCACCUUUUCGUCAAGAUCAAGAUACCCAUACCCGUAUUGUCACAGCCGAGUCAACUUCAGCAACCGUGGUAUCCUGGCGAUCCCCAAAUCAUCUGGCCCCUACUCCGUCAACGAACAAAGAAUAUGCUGCUUGAACGCCAUGAUUUCCAGGAACACACAAUAGAUGCGUUGUACGAUCAGUUCUCAUGUCUGGCAAAUGUCUCGACUCCACCUGAUGAUACGUGUGUUGAGGGUGGGAUAGACAUCCGUGCCUUCAGAAAGGCUCUUACACCGGAACGAUGGCCUCAGCGAUUCGCACCUAACGCCAUCUUCGACAGGAUGUUCGCGUUCUACGAUGUUGAGGAACAAGGCUUCAUCGGUUUUGCCAAUUUCGUUGGUGGUAUGGCUUAUCUUCGAGGGCCGCAAAGAUUCGAAUCUUUCACUCGAGCUUUACACGGAUUUGACAUUGAUGGCGACGGGUAUGUGGAUCGUGCAGACUUCCUACGUCUGUUCCGCGCGAAGUUUGUACUGGUGCGUCAGCUAGUCAGUGACAUGGUGGACGCACAAAAGCCUGAUGAGGCUCUGCGAGCAAUGAGCACAUUGCGGUCGAGUCAACCGAUCAGUUCUCUCUUCAGAGAUGAUGAGAUACCGUAUGGAGAAGUACGACGGCCUAGGGGUAAGCAGCCUGACAUACAUGGGGACUUGAUACCUCCCAAUGGUAUCAAGACCAUACUGGACGAACAAGACCCUUGGCCGGCUGAACGACCGCUGCAAAUGCGUGGGGGAUCUCAAGGGGGUGGCGAUAUGACAGGUCGUGAUCGCUUGCGGCAUCAACUCUCACGGUUUGAGGAGAUGCUAAACGGAGAUGACGAGGAUGAAUCUGCUCGCUUCACAAUGCGAAGUCGACUGUCAGAAGGUGGCGCGGUACAUCAUGUCAUAAUGAACGAUGACGAUCAAGGUGCUGCGCAGGCUGCGGACGAACGUGUCAAUGCUGACGGUUCCGGUGCUGUACCGAAUGGACGCAACAUAACGGAGCGCCCUCAUUCCGCUGCCGAGACUCCUGUUGAUGAACUGGACGCUAAACCAGAAAUUGAUCAAGAUGCCCUUUGGCAAGUCGUGGAACAAGGCUUCGACGACAUGCUUGACCCUCUGUUCUCGGCCAAAGAGCAACAGCACCAGGACGCCAUCGACACCAAAGCCGAACGAACAGAGUGGCGCAUUGAGAUUGACCGAGCGGCAGCAGACAGGCGAGCGUUCAGAGAAGACUUGAAAUCGGGGUCUCGGGUUGAUCCGCUCAUGGCCACAGCGUUCACUUCCCAAGACACUAUUGCGCCUGACAGGGACCCGAACUCGACCAAUGAGCCCCCUUUCAGAGCCGACCUCGUUCCUACCGAUACUCAUAGCCUGGAGCAGCGGGAAGCUGAGAUAGCAGAUCGGCCACUCUACAAGUUGCUGGAAACCGUCGGCUAUGGUACCUUUGACGGAAGCCAGGACAAUCAAGAGCAAGAUCAUGCAGACCCCUGCAAAAUCUCAGCAGACUUGCCAGCUUCUGAGGCUAUUGACAACACGCAAGAUCCGACCAUGCCACAACAUCGACCAGACUCGGAGCGAGGGCAGAGAAGUGCGGCACCUCAAUCGGAUGUCAAGCACAAGAAUCAAACGAUUGUGGACUCGGAAAGGUCCACAGCUGUUGAGAAACCUUCGAAACCUCCGCCAUCGCCACAACGGCUUUUGAGACUCGCAGAACUUGAUGAUGUUGAAACAGAUAUCAAGGAGCGUGGUGGGGCUGGGCGUCUUACCAUAGAUGAGGUGGAACAGAUGGUGGAAGGCGAUGCAACAAAAGAGAUGAGAGGUUUGGUCAUUGGGUGGCUGGACUGGGCAAGCUUCUGA